AAUGCUGUAUGUACUUUUUUAGUCAUAUAAAAAAAUAGAGUGAUAAACGUUGAGCCACCUAUCGGUCCUCAACUUUAUCAGUCCAUUGAAGUAUACUGUACUUAAAUCAAUACUUCCCGCUUGUUUUCCGCGCAUUUGAUCAAUAAUUCGAGCUGCCAGUUCGUGAUAUCAAUCAGAAAUGGCGUUAAAUAAAUUUUGCUAUAGAAAUGAGUAGCAAAAUAUUACCGAAUCCCCGAAAGCAGAGGCAAAAAGACGAAAUGAAGCAAGAAAUUGUGGCGCAAGUUCACAAGUGCGUGAAACGGGACCAAAGCGAGGAGAGGGAAAAUAUUAAUAACAUCGCGGAUACGAGCGAGUGCAACAAAACCUUUAUUUUAGAAGAUAAGAAUGAUAACUACAGUUUGCGGACGCCUAGUCGAGAUGUUUCGGUGGAUGGAGAAUCGCAAAUUAAUUCGAAAAUUCUCAAUUUGAUCGAAACGGAAAUGAGAAGGGAUAUAAAUAAAAUUUCUCAUUUUACAGACUCGCGACCUCAAAGUUUAAGUUUUUACGAAGAGGAGAAGAUUCCCGAAGAACUCUCGGGUAAUUUAGAACUUCUUAGUCCAGAAGAGCGCAAACACUACAAACGCAGAAAAGAGUACGGCGACCUGGACUUGGAGCGAAACGCCUACAAUAACUUACAGGAUGCACUCUGUAGAGAAAACGAUGAAAUGUUAAAUGGGGGUAAAAAGUCAAAAUCAAGGAAGAAGAAGCAUUCCGAACCGGAGUUGGGGUUGGGUGACAGCAGGGAGAUGAUGAUUCCGAAGGAAAAACGAAAAAGCAAAAAGAAAAAGCGCGAAUACUCGCCGUUGUCCUCCAGCUCUGGAAAACGCAAGCACAAGAAGCGAGACGACGAUUACGAGCCAAAAAAUGAAAUCACGUUGGCGUUGGAAGAGCUACAGGAUGACGUUUUCGAAAAUGGCCCUGACGAAUUUGUACGUUCGGAGCGAAUGAAGAAAAGCCCAAGAAAAUCUGAUAAAUUGUACAUACAAAGGAAGAAUAAAUUCGAGAUCUCCUACAGAAGUAACGAAGCUAACUCUUUUAGAGGAAAUAUGGCAAAUGACGAAUCUUGUGAGAGAAGCUUCCUGGAGUAUCAUCCUCUACAUUUAGCUAUACUCGCCCAAAGAUGUUGGAGGCCUCUCACUCUGCUCUGUCAUGGCUUUCUGGGUGGAUUAGCUUUAGCCCACUAUUUUUAUUUUUACAGAAAUGAUUGGGCUUUUGAGGAAGAAAUUGUGAGCUAUUAUGCUAAUUACAGUGAUCUUUACACAUGCUUGUUUUUUAUCCUUGGUGCUAUUUGCGUGGUCUCUGUUUUUGAUCGAUACGACAUUUCCCAUAUAUCAAUAACGCACCUUCCAGAUAUAUGUAGUAGUAGAAAAACUGCGGUGCUUGUAGUAAUUUACGCAGUCUGCUUCCUAUUACAUUUGGUAACCGCCGAACUGGACGAUAAGGUGGGAUUAAUCCCACUCAAUAACAACAUAUCAUUUGUAAAUAUCACAGAGGCCGAGUGGACGCAUUGGAGCAACUUGUCGUAUUGGAGAUCGGUUUUUGCAAUAGUGGGAUGGGUCAUAAUUGCAUUUUCGUCUUUAGAAGACCUUUUCUAUAACCAUCUGAAGACCAUGGAGAAAUAUAUUGUUGACACUUAAAGAUUAUAAGAAAAGUUUUAACAUAAA